GCUGGCGUUCACUCACACACACACAGCGGCAGAGCGAGGACGUGGCAAGGAUGAAGGGUCUUGAGGUAGUGUGUGUGUGCGCGGCCCUCCUCUGUGGCAUCCUCCCGGAGCAGGCGUGGGCGCAAAGAACCGAACAGAAACCGAACCCGCCCGUAGAUGUUACUCAUAAGGUAACAUUUGACAUCAGUAUAGGCGGGGAACCAGUCGGCGCGGUAGAAAUCGGCCUUUUUGGUAACGUGGUCCCUAAAACAGUCAAGAAUUUCUACGAUCUCUCCCUGAACCAUGAAUCUAAUAAAGGCUACACUGGGUCCAAGUUCCACCGUGUUAUUCCAAACUUCAUGAUCCAAGGGGGAGAUUUCACGCGCGGAGACGGCACUGGAGGCCGUAGUAUUUAUGGACCAACCUUCGACGAUGAAAACUUCGCCCUGAGACACACCGGUCCUGGUUACCUCUCUAUGGCUAAUUCCGGACCGGAUACAAAUGGCUCCCAGUUCUUCAUCACCACGAAAGACACGCCUUGGUUGGACGGAAAGCACGUGGUGUUUGGAAGGGUUCUGGCUGGCAUGGAUGCAGUGACAGCGGCGGAGAACACCCCUAGGGACUCAAAUGACCGGCCAAAUAAGGAUGUGGUCAUUACAAGGGUCACCACAGAGGAGCUAUCGCAGGCCGAGUGGUAUAAGGUCUAAGCACGCACGCACGCACACACACACACACACACACACACACAGACACGCACAGUACAGGGAGAGUUAGGUACACAUAGCCACAUACACGCACACACGCACUCAUACAAACAGUACACGGAGAUACGUACAUAUAGACACACGCACACACACACACACGCACGCACAGUACAGAGAGAAUUAGGUACACAUAUAGGCGCAUACACGUACACACACACACACACAGACACAGACACGCACAGUACAGGGAGAGUUAGGUACACGUAGGCACAUACACGCACACACGCACUCAUACAAACAGUACACGGAGAUACGGACAUAUAGACACACGCACACACACACACACGCACGCACAGUACAGAGAGAAUUAGGUACACAUAGACGCAUACACGCACUCACACGCACUCAUACGCACAGUACAUAGAGAAUUACGUACAUGUAGACACACACACACACACACACACACACACACACACACACACACUGGAAGGCUCUCUUAGACUAAAAAAUUAUCUAAAAACGUUCAAAUUUCUCUCUUAAAAUGUUUGUUUAAUUUUUCUAGUAAUUGAUUUUGAUGUUUUAGAAGGAAGAAAAUUUGUUUGUUUUGAAAUUUAAAAAAAAUAUAUUGUUGUUGUAUUUAUAAUUGGGUUUAUUAAUACAGAAGCUCAUUUGAAUCUGUUUUAAAUCGUUAUGGGAAAGUUUUUGAUGUUUUUGUUGACAUUUUCAUUAUUUUUGAGUGUUUGUGUUUUCAAAAUGUGGACAAAAUUUGAGUUUUUGAAUUUUUACGGAAAUAACGGUUUUUUGUUAGAUUUGAAUGUUUAAAUCGUUAUGGGAAAUUUAUGAUGUUUUUCUUGACAUUUUCAUUAUUUUUCGAGUGUUUGUGUUUUAAAAAUGUGGACAAAAUUUGAGUUUUUGAAUUUUUAACGGAAAUAACGGUUUUUUAUUGGAUUUUCAAUAUAGAAGCUCAUUUGAAUCUGUUUUAAAUCGUUAUGGGAAAAUUUUUGAUGUUUUUGUUGACAUUUUCAUUAUUUUUCGAGUGUUUGUGUUUUAAAAAUGUGGACAAAAUUUGAGUUUUUGAAUUUUUAACGGAAAUAACGGUUUUUUAUUGGAUUCUAAAUAUAGAAGCUUAUUUGAAUCUGUUUAAAUCGUUAUUGGAAAAUUUUUUGUUUUGUUGACAUUGUGUUUGUUUUAAAAAUGUGGACAAAAUUUGAGUUUUUGAAUUUUUAACGGAAAUAACGUUUUUUUUGCUGAAUUUGAAUCUGUUUUAAAUCGUUAUGAGAAAAUUUAUGAUGUUUUUGUUGAAUUUCCAUUAUCUUUCGAGUGUUUGUCUGAUCAAAAUGUAGAAAAUAUUUGAAUUUUUAACUUUUACGUAAAUAACGGAUUUUUCAUUGGAUUUUAAAUGUAGAAGCUCAUUUGAAUCUGUUUAAAUCGUUAUUGGAAAUUUUUUUGAUGUUUUGUUAAAUUUCCAUUAUUUUUCGAGUGUUUGUCUUAUCAAAUGUAGAAAAUAUUUGAAUUUUUGAAUUUUUAACAGAAAUAACGGAUUUUCAUUGGAUUUUGAAUGUAGAAGCUCAUUUGAAUUCUUGAUUAAAUUGUUAUAAAGAAA